CUGUUAUUAGAGCGCUGCAGGAAUCGAGUGUUUAGCUCGUCAAUUCGUCAAAGUGUGAGUAAUGUUCCCAAAGGCCUCUGGAAUAUAAGAUGUUCUCAAGCAUAAUCAUGCUCAACCGCUCACUGCUUGACUAACAUGACAUCAUCGUCACUAUGUCGCACAUCAUCGCCACCAUUUCACGACCCGUGUUAAUCCCUACAGAGAGUUCUGGGACGAGAAGCAAAGAGGAUUGGACGACGUGCAUCGCAGGCCUAGAACAGCGAGAUUCAUUGAACUUGUUUGAGAUAAAGAAGGUUGGCAAGACGUCAACAGAAGAAAUUAAUCAAGAUAAUAAGAGAUAGAAAGUUGACGUGUCUCUCGUUACCAAGAAAUGACUUAAAGGGUAUAUAUCUAUCGCCCACUGAUUUUCACAGCCUAGUUGCAACAACAAGGGAAACAGGCCAUACGAUGUUCGUCGACUGAUGAUCGUGCAGGGACUGUACGACUUCCCAGUUAUAUAUGCUCACAAGGAAAUACUCUAAAAGGAAAGUUGAUCACGUUGCCAACGUUGAUAGAUGAUCACUCAUCAAGCGUCCCACUUCCUAUGGCACUUUGUAACAGCAGACGAGACAGUCCGCAAGGAGACAACGUGUGCCUUACAGACAACUGAUUCAAAUGACUUUUGAUCAGCUUUCAUGAAAUAAUGUUUUAUUAUUUUACGAUCAUUACAUUGAUGUCUAACGGAUCAUAUUCAAAACAGUAGAUACGCGAUACAUACAUUUUCAAAUGAUUCCAAUUUGUUCUCCCUGGAACAUUGAUACGCCGGCAUCUCAUUGAACAAAUAUAUCGGAACUCUCACAUUACGACCUGAGGAAAUGAGAACCUUUUGAUAAAAGCAGUUUAAUCAACAAGAUUUAAUGGACAAAUAAAGUCAGAAGUGGGUAACUGUUUCUCUUCAGGCACUUCGGGGAAUUGAAAUAUUUGAUACACAGGCAAUAUAUUUUCAUCAGUGAAUCAAUCUCUUUACCAGUGUCACCUUACAUGUGACAUAUAGGUAUAUACAGUUGAUGAAAGCUUGCAUUAAAUAAACUAUCAAUCUUGAGUAUGGUAACCCAUGUGUAUCAAGACAAGGCACUGUAAAUAGUGAAGGAUUGAUUGGUUUGUAAAUAUGGAAAGGAGGACAUGGUAUGAUCUGAUCUCAGACUUUGAUCAGAACAGCGAAGCCACAAACAUGCACAUUUGAACACAGUUCUAUAGAUGUGAAGACAGGUAGUGAACGCAGCUCUGAAAUGGAUGUGGAUACUGUUUUGGAGUUGUCCGAAACUCAUCGGAACUUAAACGUUAACAUGCACGUUUGACUAACAUUUCACAAUAGCUGCGGAUAUUAGCAAUGCAAGGAACUCGUUAGGUAACGACGUUUGUUAAUAGUUGCGGACAUCAGCACUGUUGCCACAAGGAUCCCAUUUGAACAGUCAACCGAAUAACAUGCAUGUUUGACCAACAGUUGAUAAUGGAUACGGGAAGUAGCAUUCUUGGUGCCAGGAACGCCUCCAAAUAUAACACCACGGAUCUGGAAAAUGACCCCACGUACCAAACUGUACUCCAUCUUCAGACAUGGACUCUUCCAGUUGUAUUCUCUAUAGGGCUAAUUGGGAAUAUUUUAGCUGCGAGAACAUUCCUGAGUCCAAACCUGAGAAACACGUCUUGUUGUCUGUAUUUAGCAACAAAAUCUAUCAACGAUUUGUUGUUUCUGAUGUCGUUGUUCGUUGUUUGGUUGUAUCGCCUGGAUGUGCGAGUGUUUAAAACGGUCGGAGUGUGCCAGGCCACCGUUUUCAUUACGUAUAUCACAGGUUUUCUGUCUGUGUGGUGUGUUGUGCUUAUUACCUGGGAAAACUUCAUCAGAGUGUCAUUACCUAGCCACGUAACAAACCUGUGCAGUGUCAAGCGUGCGAAGUACACCAUAAUACUCCUCAUCACCAUCGCCGUUGGGUUGUACAGCUUCAGUUUGUGGACGACAGGGUUAAUAAGUUCCCACAAUAAUUCAAGUUGUCUUGUUUUUGAAAAAUACGAAAGACUGUUGGUUGCCAUGACGCUUGUCGACUCUAUAUUAACGCUAGUCAUACCGCUUGUUGUAAUGGUUUUCCUGAACGUUGCCAUCUCAGUUAGUGCCGUCCAUGCACACGAGCGCCGGAAGAGAUUGUUUGAAAGGGUUCCAAGGACAUCUACAUCACGCCGAAAGGAAACACUAGCCUUGGAAGUAAAGGUAUCAAAGCUGCUGUUUGCAGUAUCGCUCAUCUUUAUUGUUCUCCACACCCCUACCCAUGUUAUCAGAAUCAAAAUGAUGUUCCUACAAAGUUUAUAUGGCGCCGCCUCCCCCAGUUUGAAUGAUGGUGUAAUGCAUCGAAUCUUUGAACUCGUGUACUAUAUGAACUUUUCUGUCCACUGUGCAGUAUACCUGAUUUUCGGUGACAAUUUUAGACUGGUUUUUAAACGGAUAUAUUUUUCUGGAUGUUAUGAAACGGAGGCUGUCCAAAAUAAUACUUUUGAUCCAUAUGCUGAACGGGGCUCUGAAGGAGAAGCGAUCUUUAGAUGAUGCAAACAAAACUCUGUAGACAAUUAUGUGAUGCUGCAAGACAUAUUUGUUUGCGUGUUGUUUUCGCUGCACUCCAGCACUCCAGCUAUAGGUCGGCGGUCUGUAAGCAACCAACCCUGCAACAGACAAUCUAGUGAGUGGCAACAUAAGCAGCUAUCCACGUUGUUGGGAUAUAAUGACAUGCAACCAAUUAAGUCACAGAGCCAGACUACCAGGUCUAUUGAGUCGCCUCGUACAAGCACAGGGUUGUUACCCUGGAUCCUCAUGGGUAAACAAAAAGUGUGCGUGCGUGCGUGUGUGUGUGUGUGUGUGAAACUCGCUCAAAAUACAUACAUCUAUUCAUAUUUACUUUUCAAUAUUAUCCAGUGUAUCAAUUUGAGUAUUUGACGUGCUAGUCUGUCAGUUAGGGCGGGACGAAACAAUAUGUGUUGAUGUUGAUGAUUUCAACACUUGCUCAUACAAUAUUGUAUUUCUGUUAAGCUUUUUCAAAAGGAGUGCAAUCAAUUCUGUUUAAUGACUGUUUAAUUAUCAUGCAUGCCUGACUUCCAUUUCAGAGGUUCGAUCACACAAUACACGUAUCGCAAUUAUUGUAACCAAGUGUGUUUUGUCCUAAUGAACUGUUGAAUUACCAUGCGAAAUGAAUCGUUUCUUGGGAGAUAUAAUACGUAUCACUUUACACACAGAUAUUACACUCUGUGUGUGUGUGUGUGUGUGUGUGUGUGUGUGUGUGUGUGUGACACUCGCUCCAAAUACAUACAUCUAUUCAUAUCUACUUUUCAAUAUUAUCCAGUGUAUUAAUUUGAGUAUUUGACGUUAGGGCGGGAUGGAACAACAUGUGUUGAUGAUUUCAACACUUGCUCAUACAAUAUUGUAUUUCUGUUAAGCUUGUUUAAAAGAAGUGCAAUCAAUUCUAUUUAAUGUCUGUUUAAUUAUCAUGCAUGCCUGACUUCCAUUUCAGAGGUUCGAUCACACAAUACACGUAUCGCAAUUAUUGUAACCAAGUGUGUUUUGUCCUAAUGAACUGUUGAAUUAUCAUUGCGAAAUGAAUCGUUUCUUGGGAGAUAUAAUACGUAGCACUGCACACACAGAUAUUACACUGAUUCGACCUGUGUGGUGUAGGGUGUGCGGAUUUCCUGUAUAUGUCUCCUAAAUGGCCCCUUGAGAUAUAUACCGGCAAUCUUCAACUGCUACAAUACAAUGUGGGAUGAGUAUGAUUCUGCGUUUAGUCAUUUUACAUUCAUCUUCGUGGUUUAACUUACCAAUCUUACACAUUGUAUCAUUUUGUUAUUAUUUUGGAUGUUUAUUCUUUUAAACGCUUGUUUGUUGUCAAACGUUUCGACCAUGUAAGAUGACAAAAUAAA